AUGUUGGCCGACGUCUCCGCGUCUCUCACGGCAACUUCUUCCUCAUCCUCACCCCAUCACAUCGAGAAGAUGGCAGACAGUAUCGCGAGUCUUGUCUCGAGAGUAAUAGCUCGUUUCUCUCAUCUUCUAAACACUACCCAAAAUCCCAUCGUUCAUCGCCCAUCCUUGGACGUUCACCCGAAGCUUGUGGAUGAGCAGGCCAGAUUCAAAGUCUGGGCUGGAAAUGUUGGCGCGCACAAAACCGGCCGCUCUUCCCUGGAGUAUCGACUCCGCGAUGCGUCAGGAUUAAGACUUCAUGUUGGGAAGCUCCUGAUAAGUCUCAUAAAAUCCAUUGACGGCGCCGUCAAAGCUCUCAAUGAUUUAGGUUUACAAUCAAAUGCGCGCGAGGAUGGCAAUCAGGAGGACAUAAUCGCAGAUCUUGACGUAUACAUAGAAAGCUUUCCUGACAUCAUCAACUGUCUCAUGCGACUCAUUAUUACGAUUCAGAACCCAGCGCCAUGGGACCGCUUCAUUGACUCGAAGCGUACAGACACCUCGAUGUUUGAAGCUUAUGACAUUCAACACGUGAGCGCAAAAUUCGAGGGAAUCGACAGUCAACUUGCGCAGCGCUUGGGAAAGGCAAUUUCGAGGCGGCGUCAGUACUUCAAGUACAGAGAGCUUCGUCACGAGAAGCUUUCGCGUCAAAUGGAUGAACAGGCAGACGCCAACGUAACGGACACCAUUUCAAGUACCGUUGCAUCUUCUUUUUACAAUCACUCGAAGCCACUCCCGCAAAUCUACGACUUUAGCGAGUCUCAAGACGUGGCUUCUGUGACCUCAUACGACGCUUCGACCUUAGAAGAUGCUCAAGAAAGGUCUGUCCCAGACUUACCAAAGGAAGCAUACGAUGGACCAUUCGAAUGUCAAUUCUGCUUCAUGAUUGUGGACAUAAGAGACACUCGCGCCUGGAGACAACAUGUGUACGACGACCUACGUCCGUACAAUUGCCUAGCCAAAGACUGCAUCAUGCCAGAUCAAGAUUUCGGGAAGAGGCAUGAAUGGAUGCAUCACAUGAUUCAAAAUCACCUGAGGAUAUGGUAUUGCCCUUUCAAUUGCGACUGCACCUUCAAGUCUGCGUCUCAGUCUGCAGAACACUUACAGACGCAACAUCGUAAUACGAUACGUGACGAACAUGUCAACAACCUGGUCAAGCGGAAUUCUCAGCCCUUGGACGAGAACGCGGAAGUAACAUGCGAGCUUUGCUCCGAGACGCUCUCGUCGUUGAAGAGCUAUCGGCAUCAUGCAGGGAAGCAUCAACAGCAGCUAGCUCUGUUCGCCCUCCCCCAUGUUGAUGAACCGGAGCCUGAACAAGGCCAAGCCAACCAGGCCUCGAACAAGAAACAAGAUUCAGACUCUGACUCCGAGGCCGAGGCCGAGGCUAACUCUGACAGCGGGGUCAAAACUGACCCCAAGGGCCGGCGCCCUGACAAUGAUCCGUCUAUGUUCACCGUCAAUAUAAGCAAUCCGUUCCAGAAGAAGCGGUCUUAG